UUUGGGCAAAUAAAACUAGCCUUCCCCGCCGAAUGACUUUAUCAAAGUUUUUGAAUUUUACUGUCAAAGCCUUCUUGUAACAUCCCAACCGCGAGCCCAGGAUGUCCGCACCCGUGAGAGCCAGUUCAGCGCCAAGUUCAUCGAGGCCGGAGCAACCACUGGACACCAGAGCAGAGAGCAGAAAUACACAGCCUCCUCCUGUCAACAGCCAGAUCAUCCCAGAUGAACUGCUGGUCAGCCUUACCUCCACUGUCUGCAACAGGAGCACACUGGGGAACACUGCACACCAUCGGCACUGCAAGGGCUGUGGAAUCAGACGACCAGAUGCAGUCUGGCAUCACCCACUUGGACGCAAGAAAUACAAACACUUUCUGGAGCAGCCGACAUCCCUGACUGGAGCAGGCAGAGAUAUUUCAUUCCUGUGUGAUGCUAUGGUAAACCAGAGGAAGAUAACACCCCUCCCACCACUGCCUGACAGGAGUGGCACUGGGGAACCACAGAACAUGAAUAUCUCAGAAAGUCUAAUCCCUGAAGAAUAUCACAUUGUGAAAAACAAAGGAUUGCAGAGCCUUGAGUUCUAUGAGGAUGCGUUCACAGUGCAGCUCCAGGAUGAUGAACAGAAGCUACGGGUCUUUCCUUCACUGAGGCCCAGUGGCAGAAAAGAAGUGGUCCAGCUGAUGAGGAUCAUGGAUGACAUGCUGGAGAAGGCUGGAGUGGAUCAGCAGAGUGAGGAGCUGACUCAGCUUUCUCAGAUGGAGGGUCUGCUGGAGCUGGUACAGGUUGAGCAGAACAUCUACAACAUUGUUUUCCAUGAACUGAUCAGGCAGGUCAGCGUGGGCUGUGCUGAGAGGGGACAGCUGCUUGCUAAGCUCAGACAGCGCUACCAGUCCCUGCUGGAACGAAUCCCCCGCCGUCUGAAGGCUCUGCACACUGAGGCAGUGGCUCAGCGGGCUCUGGACCGCCGACUCACUGAGGAGAUCCACCGCAUCAAGACAUCCAUCCAGCAACUCAGCACGGAACUGUCCAAGAUCAGAGACCAUGAUGCCUUUGUUUCCCAGCAGGCAGAGCACGCUCACUGGCAGCUGGCUGAGGCGCUCAAUCAGGCGCAAACCCCUUCAGAUGUUGUCCAGGGUUAUCACGAUAUGUAUGAGCUGCAGAGAGGUCGCCUUGAAGCUCAGCUGUUUCAGAUGACUGAGGAGAGAGACGGCUGGAGCCAGAUAACCCUCUGCCUCGCCCUCAAGGUGAUCAGUGUGAAGAAGCUACAGCUGGUCAAUCAACUGCAUGUCUACGAGCAGAGCUGGUUCAAGACAGCAGAACACUGCAUCCUUUACCUCACUUCAAAGGACGCAGAGGACUUGGAUAUCAUCAUGAAGUCUGCUGACCACUGGAAAGAGCAGCUGACUGCGCUCAUGUCCCAGACGAAGAAGACUGAGCAUGCACAGUUUGAGGAGAUCAGUGCCAUCCGGCAAGGCAUCGCCAAGUGGCUCGCCCUCUGCAACACACAGAGCGAGUAUCCUGAUCCAAAAUAUGACAAAGUUUCAUUGGAAAAGAUUCAUGCUGAUUUGAAGCAGUGGUCAAAGAUGUUGGCGCUCCAGUGUGAGCGCUACCAAGGUGAGGAGUUGUUUUGCUGCCAGCAGACACUGAGCGAGCUUGGCCAUGUCCAGGAAAGAUGGCUGAAUAUGAGCCGGCAGCUUUUCAGAAGACACUCUGCUCCUGAUGGUGGACCCCCUGGAAGUGAGCUGGCCCUAAGUGAGCUGGGCAGGAUCCUAUCUGAGCUCCUCAAACAGCUGGACACACAAAUCAGUGGAGAGAAUGGGAUCCACCGACAGAUCACGUCUCUGCUCGGGUUUAUUGAGUCCUGGGUUUCCAAGCUUGGCCCAGUGAUUUGCCAGCCAGGAAUGAUGUCUGUUACUGACUGGCUGAAGCUGGAGAAGGCACUGUGUAGCUGGCAGAGUUUGGCUGAAGAAGCGUUGGAGAAUGUCUCCAGUGUGCAGACAGAGAAGGAGAAGGACAAAAACAAACCCAACAUAUAUAGAGAGACAGAGAGGGUGUUAGACAGAGUGCAGGAAUUCAUUAACAGCCUGUCCAACUUUACUGAUGGUGAGAACCAGAGACUCGGUGAGGAGGUCAGUUCUAUUCACGUAGCUCAGACCCGAUGGAUGUUGGAUCUGCUGCUCCUCAUGGUGCCUGACCAUAGCGAGGACCAGAACCAAGAGCAGGAACAGCAAUACAUUACAAACAUCUCACCACAGACACUGGAUGAGGAAGCCAAGGUCCUGGCUGAGAAACUGGACUAUGUUUCCAGAUACAUCACCAGUUUUUGCACGCUCAUUCUGGAGGAGCAGAGCCCACAUGAAGGAGAGGGUGAAAAUGAGAUGAAUGAAUGCAGAAAGCUGCAGAGGGAAUGCGUUGAUUGGGUGGAGACAUGUGCAAUCCUGCUUUCAGGGGUGAAAGGUGGUCCUGCGGAGCUGCCUGUCAGGCAGCCUACCACCACUUCCAGCAGUAACGUUCGAGUUUCUCUAGCAGACAGCAUGGACACUCUGGGGAACAAAGAGGAUUCAGCAGAGCCUACAACAGACAGUGAGGCCACAGAGGUCAAAGAUGAGACUGAGGCAGAAGCGAGAGAUGGGGAGCUAACGUCUUGCGAGACGCCGUUGGUGAGUCUGAUUGGCUAUGAUAGAAACAUCACACAAAGGAAGCUGGGAGAGAGCAGUGUCCAUCUGAAUGGGACUGAUGACCUGGUUGUGUCUCCAGCAACAGAUGAUGCUCAGAAAGCUUUUAGUGAUCUGACCACAGUAGCAUUGCUGCAGCGGGAACUGCAUGAAUCUGAGCUACGGGUCCAGAGUGCUGAGCAACGAGCCCUGAAAGCUGAGGAGGCCCUGCAGGCAGCAUUGGAGAAGAUUCAAGACCUGGAGAGACAACUGCAGGGUCGGCCCAGUCUGGAGCCCAAAAUGAGUGAAGAGAAAAAGAAAAUACCACCACCUACCCCACCACCACUAACACCUCCAGCUCCUCCAAAGAAAACAACUCCUGAGGCCAAACCAACAAGCAGCACCAAAAGGACUAAGAAACGCUGAUGUGGCAUCUAAUUAGAGGAUGUUACAACUCUGUAUGUGUGGAGUAUCCAAUUAAUGUUGGGUGAACUGCUUUUCAAAUUAUUUGUAGGAUUUUAUGUUUUAUUUGCUCUCUGUUGGAACAGGACCUGAGAGGAACACAACACCAGCCUGUGUCUUACCUUAUAGGUUUUCAAAUUAAUGUAGCACACAUGAAUAAAAAAUAGGAACAAACAAAAAUGGUCAACGCUGCUGUCCAAGAAUUGAACAUUUCCAGUAUCAGGAGGCUGUCUUUAUUCAGACUGCAUGGCCGUUGUAUGAUAAUGAAUAUUACUUAGUGAUGUUAUCAUUUAUAAUAUGGCUUGCUGUGGCUGUGUUUAACCUCAUGACAUGUUUUUUGACUUGAUGUAAAAGCAAAUUUAAUUUUGCUUCCUUCCAAAAAGGAAAAAAGUCAAACUUUUAUGGGCCUUUAUUUCUGGCCUCAAUUGUGAAGAUUUCGUUGUAUUUUAAACACACUGACUGAGCAGGGUGAAUAAUACAAUU